GUCGCCACGCAACAUUUACACUUCUUGUCAUAAUAAUGUCAUAAUAAUCGUAAAUAGCCUUGAAUACACUUGCGAACGAUUUUGUGUAGCGAUAUUUAGAAAGUGUAAACAUAUUAAGAACUCUUGAAUUCUACGGCAAUUGGAUCUUCAUUCCAUGUGUUCUGUUUUUAAUUUUUAAUAUAGCGCAUGUGAUCGCAGAGACUCGCAUUUACUGAAGUUAUUAUAAUGAAUAAUUUUAUCUAUGUAGCCAAAUUGUUUUAAAAUUUUAACAGCAGCUGCAUAGGAGCAUAGGUACCCAUUUCAGUUUGGUAGUGUGAUUCACUUCGUGGAAUUGUAUAUGUGGUGGUGAGGAUGGCGGCCAAGCAGAAGAUCCUGGAGGAGAUCCACCCGCUGGCUCUGAUCCGCGAGGUGCAGCUGCGGCCGGCGCUGUACUCGCGCAACAACCCCGAGGUCGCCAGCAACCACCACAAGCUCAAGAUCUGGGCGGAGGUGGCGGAGAACCUCUUCCCUGAUUGGGAUCUCUGCUCAGCUCGGAGCAAGGAUGAGAAAGUUGUAGGUUUAAUGAAGAAAUGGCGUAAUCUCAGGGAUACGUUCAAAAGACAGCUGGAGAUACAGAAAAGAAUCCGCGAGGGUGCGAAUAUAAAGAAGAAGCAGUACGUGUACUUCAGGCACAUGUCGUUCCUGACCCCGCACAUGUCUGAAGAGGACGCCGAGGGCCGCUACUCGCCCGCGCCCUCCCUCGCGGCCCCGGCAGCGCACGAGCCCAGCUGGCGGGCAGGCCUGGGCGGCAAGGGGCCGCGGGCGGAGGAGCCGGCGAGCACCAAUGACUUCGGGGAUAUAGACGAAGACAAACAUUUUUUAAUGUCCCUCAUUCCAUCUUUUAGAAGGAUGAACGAAGAUGAAAAGCUGACGGCGAAAAUGGAGAUACUUAAGGUGAUCAAAAUGGUAAAGGACAACAGCGCCAGCGCAUCGGCGAUGGAGCUGAGCUACGAGCUGAUGCCGGAGCGGGUGCUGGUGGGGCAGGACGUGAAGCUGGAGGCGCUGUCGCAGGCCGAGGGACCUCACAGCCACGCGGAGACGCGUGACGACUGAUGGUGGCUGUGGCCGCCCAAACCGAGCCCGAACCGAGCCUCAAAGAGAAGACAGUGAAAUUCGCCACAAUGACAAAGGCGCCUAAUUGCAAAAAAAUCUAAAGGUUACUGUGAUAUUGAAGUUAAAAUAUGUAGUUAGUUGUUUUGUAAAACGUUCAGUUAUAUUUAGGUAAUGAAU